UUCAGUCUGCUGACACGCAAAUCUUGAGCCCACAGAUUCCGAGUAUCCCUGGAAAGUUUGUAAAGCGUAAUUACAAAGUCAGGUCAAAUGUUUCUCAAACGUGAGAUACUUUGUAUGCAUUCUUUGCUACAUACAUGUCAGUCAUGAAAAUCUGCAUAGCUGUGAUUGCCACCGACAGCCUCGUGCCUCUUGGCUGAAUCACAGUAGAAACUAAUUUAUCACCAACAUGAGAAUAAUCACAAGCUUGCAGGUCAUGUCAACCACAUUCGCCGGGUUUGAAAGAAACGUUGAUCGAUGACGGACACACACCUGGAGAACCCGUGGAUAUGAACGCAGUGGCUGUAGUGAGUCGACGCGGAUGGAACGCCGUGGAAGCUCGGGACAGGACAGAGAUGAAGAAUCCCGCAAAGACAGUGAUCGUGCACCACACAGCGCUCCGGUACUGCGCGCAUUCGCGCGACAGCGUCUCUGAGCUCGCGCACAUCCAGCACAUGCACAUGCAAGAGAGGGGCUUCGACGAUAUCGGUUACAACUUUCUGAUCUCUGGAGACGGGACGGUGUAUGAAGGGCGAGGAUGGGGGAUUGUAGGGGCCCACGCAAAGGAACACAACUUCAGUUCUGUUGGCAUCGCAUUCAUGGGCAACUUCAACGAUGAAUUGCCCAGUUCUGUGUCGCUGUCUGCUCUGCUGAGACUGCUGCACAUUGGAGUGCUUCACGGUCAUGUGCAGCCCAAUUUUGUGCUUGUGGGACACAGAGACGUGGCAAAAACUGAGUGUCCAGGGAAAAAUUUAUAUGCUUUACUACCAAAACUAAGAGACCAAUUACAAAACCAGUGACCUCUUUUCUGCAUAAGUUGCAUUAAACCCCUGCUGUGUGUGUGUAGUAAUGUGUGAAAGUGAAAAUGUAUGAUAGGUUUAUUUUUGCUCUAAAAUGUUACAUUUUACAGUCUUGUGUGCCUUGUUAAAAUCCCUUGUCAAAAUAUCCUAAAGUAAUACUAAUGGAUAGACUUUUAUCAAAAUUUGGAACCAAUUCUACAGGACAUAUUUAAGAGCUGUCAAACAAGAUCCUACUGGAGGAGACAAAAAACACAAUCUGAAAAAUAGAAAAUUCUGUUUAUACAGAGGAUUCAUCUUGUUUGAUCCCUUUAAGAUGAAUAGAAAUUCUAAUAGAAAUCCCAUUAGCAGUCUUUAUUAUUUUUGAUGAGGGAUAGCCUGUUUUACAGAUGAUUUCUUUGAAGACUAGACUUAAAAUCUCCAAAAUCACAGUUAUGUCUAUCAUUUCUUCAUACCGAAAAACCUCACGUAGUUCAACUGGACUGUACAGUAAUGUGCAAUAAAUCAGUACUCAGGUGUGGCCAAUUAGGCGAGGGUGUCAAAUAUCCUAGAAAAUAAAAAGGUUUGCAAAUACACCUUUCUAUUUUUGACGCCUUUUUGUCCCAGUUACAUGUUGCAUCAGUGCCUUUUUAUGAGGUACAAUUAAUGAUCAUCUUUGUGUCUGUGAUUUUAUCAUUAAACUCAUAUUUAUUA